GCGAAAAGCAUUCACGAUGAACUUGACUCGGCCGUUACAAAUUCAACGUGUUGCGCUAACCCAAAUGACCAAGAAACAAAUCGGAUGUUCUCAUCUGCAGAACGUUCUGGUCACGACCAUAAAGAAGCGUCAAGUGAAGCGCCUAUUGCGCAAGUUCAUAUUACUGAUCUUAAUCAUCACCUUUGCAUCGCUACUAAUCACAUUGAUCGUCGAGAAACGUCUGAAUUCGACGAAUGAUCCGGACGAGAGCGAUUUGGAUGUAAAUGGUGGUCCCAUAACCCCGGCAUCCCGUACGGCACAUGUGCCGACGAUACGUUGGCACGCACGGCCGCCCUUUCAGCACCGGACUUCAGUACGUGAUCCGUUGCCGAGUGAGCCACAAAUGGAGAAACUGGAGAAGCCAGAGAUAGUCAAAAUGUUUACACUGCCAUCGACAGAGGGCGAGCGCAGAGAUUGGCAUGACUAUAAAGCAAUGGAAGCGGACAAGUUGCGAGUAGGUUUUGGGGAGCACGGACUGCCCGUACAGAUCGAGGAUGCCGCUGAGAAAGAGCUCGAGCAGAAGGAGUACCGAAGGAAUGGCUUCAAUGGGUUCAUCUCCGACAGAAUCUCAGUGAAUCGCUCCGUGCCGGAUGUCCGACGCGAGGAAUGCAAGACACGCAAAUACCUGGCCAAGCUGCCCAGAGUGAGCGUGGUCAUCAUCUUCUACAAUGAACACUUUCAGACGCUUCUGCGCACCGUUUACAGCAUUAUUAAUCGCACUCCGACGGAGCUACUGCAGCAGAUUGUACUCGUGGACGAUGGCAGCGAAUGGGAGACGCUAAAGCAACAGUUGGACGACUAUGUGGCCCAACACUGGCCCCAUCUAGUUGACGUGGUGCACAGUCCCGAGCGACAAGGCCUGAUUGGUGCACGUCUAGCUGGUGCCAAGGUGUCUAUGGGUGAAGCCAUGGUCUUCUUUGACUCCCACAUUGAGGUCAACUACAAUUGGUUGCCACCGCUAUUGGAGCCCAUUGCCAUCAACAAUAAGAUAGCCACGUGCCCCAUUGUGGACAUCAUUGAUCACAACAACUUCGCGUAUAAUGGCGGCUAUCAAGAAGGAAGUCGCGGUGGCUUCGAUUGGCGCUUCUUCUACAAACAGCUGGCGGUGCUACCCGAGGAUAGUGUGGACAAAUCUCUGCCGUAUCGCAAUCCAGUGAUGAUAGGUGGCCUAUUUGCCAUUGCCAGCGAAUUCUUCUGGGAUCUGGGUGGCUACGAUGAUGGUCUUCAAAUUUGGGGUGGUGAGCAGUACGAACUGAGCUUCAAGAUCUGGAUGUGCGGUGGCAUGCUGCUCGAUGUGCCCUGCUCCCGUGUCGCACAUAUUUUCCGAGGUCAAAUGGAUCCGCGUCCCAAUCCGCUCAAUUAUAACUUUUUGGCAAGGAAUCACAAACGCGUCGCCGAGGUUUGGAUGGAUGAGUACAAGGAGCAUGUGUAUAGACGGGAUCGGACAACCUAUGACAACAUUGAUGCUGGCGAUUUGACUCGGCAGCGUGCAGUGCGAGAGCGUUUGCAGUGCAAGUCCUUUGACUGGUUCAUGAAGGAAGUGGCGCCCGAUUUCCUUGUUCACUUUCCGCCUGUUGAGCCGCCCCCCUAUGCAUCGGGUGCCAUUCAGAGUGUAGCCUAUCCAAACUAUUGCCUGGACAGCAUGGGCAAGGGCUGGAAGCAUGCAGUGGGUCUGUUCACUUGUGCUCAGAAUAAAAAAUCUCCCCAGGAUUCUCAGAACUGGGUGCUCAGCAUGCACCGCGACCUGCGACGCAUCGAUCAUGAGUGCCUGGAAGUACAGGAUAGCCAUGUGAAUGCCACCGUCUGGAUGUGGACCUGCCAUCGUCAGGGCGGCAAUCAGUUCUGGUAUUACGAUCGCGAGAAAUAUUGGAUCGUUCAUCGCCUGCACGGCAAGCAAUGUAUGGAGGCCAUCGUGGAGAACAAUGUGGCCAAAGUGUGCACCAAUGCUUGCGAGGAGGGUAAUGUGCGACAACGCUGGAACUUUGGCCUGGUCAAUAACACAAUGCUCGAUCACUUCUUUGAGGGCUUGUAACACAAACUAAGCUUGUAAGAUUUUCAUUGGAUUGAAUUGGAGCUAUUGUAUGGUAUU